AUGUCGGCCUCUCCCCCAAAGCAGGAGGGUGUGGAACCAGUCCAGUCGCCUGACGAAGAACAGCCCAUGGACAGGAACACAGAGGAGAACACAGCUCAGAUAGGUUACGAAUUCGAGGUCAAGGAGCAAGACCGAUGGCUUCCAAUCGCCAAUGUCGCGCGAAUCAUGAAGAUGGCGCUGCCCGAAAACGCCAAGAUCGCCAAAGAGGCGAAAGAAUGCAUGCAGGAGUGCGUGAGCGAGUUCAUCUCCUUCAUCACCAGCGAGGCCUCCGAAAAGUGCCAACAGGAGAAGCGCAAAACCGUCAAUGGCGAGGACAUCCUCUUCGCCAUGACGUCGCUCGGUUUCGAGAACUACUCGGAAGCCCUCAAGAUCUACCUGUCCAGGUAUCGCGAAACCCUCCUCGCAAAUCAGAACAAACCACCCACUGGGCAGUUCGGUUCCGCAGGGCCCGGUGGGCCCGGUGCAGGUCCCGAGAAUCAGCAACAUGUACUGAGCGGCGACUCCGAAAUGACCGAAGACGGCACGGCCUUUGGCUACACGGUCCACAACGGGAACGGAAACGACGAGGAACCAGAAGAGGAGGCAGACGAUUGCGAGAAGCAGAAGCAGUCGUAUAUCAACCCGAUCGCCGGAAAGGAAAUUCUCCCGAAGGAGGAGAAGGAGUGA